AGAUGGCAGUAAAAAAAACUUGUCCAGAUUUGAGAUUCCAAUGAACAAAAGAAGGAAAGGGGCGGCUACCUUUGCAGGGGAGGGAAGGCUGGAAAGCUGAGCAGUGUUUGGGAGAAUAUGUUAAUUGCCUCAUAUGGCUGAGGGGACGUUCUGCAAAAGGUGACAAGUAAUCAAUAAAAUGGAUGCACGCUUUGAUGGUUUACGGUAUCUUCAACAGGACGGUGGUGUUCUCCACCAAAAAAGUGAUGAACGACCUCAAAAACAUAGAAAUUCAAACAAUAUAAAAGAAGGCACUUAUGGUGUAAGUAUUAGAGUCCAGGGGAUAGAUGGACACCCCUAUAUUGUUUUAAAUAAUAAAGAAGGACACUUGUCAGAAAAUGACUACUUACCAGACAGUAGUUCCCAGUCUUUAAGACCAGCAGUUAUUUCCAGUGAACAUUUAUUUCCCAAAAAUCCACUUGAAGCAUCCAUUCGCAGCACAAAUAAAACACAAUAUUUAAAUUCUGGAAAUGGAUUCAAAGAUGGGGCUGUAAAACAGUCAACCUUGCUAAAUUUCCAAAAGCAUCCAGAACUUUUAAAACCAUAUGAUCCAAAUGAACACAGACUAAAUGAUGAAAAUUUCAAAAUGUCCAAUAAUCAGUGCAAAUUAACUGCCGAUGAGGACCCAAAGAAAAAUCAUAAACUUUCUGGUUCCUUUUAUAAGGGGAUUUCAACUACAUAUUCGAGUUUAAAAUCUUUAGAUACACCAAAAUACGAAGACAAGGAAGCAUCACUAAAUCUAACAACUAAGCAAGAAGUCCAAAGCAGAUUAUCAUCAGUUAACAAAAGCAUUUUAAGCAGCCCAGGUGAUACUUCUACCUCAGAGUCUUUCUCAUCAAGUAAUGGAUCACCUUCUAGUAAUCGCUCAAUUGCUUAUGUGGAGUCCAAAAAAUCAAGGCCAGAUGUUCUGCAGUUCAGAAGACAGAAUUCUGCAGGCGCAAUUGAAGGGUCUCGCUCACGUAGGUCAUCUGGCUCCUCAACUGCAACUUCCCAGUCUUUUCAGAAAUUUUUGACUGAUGAACAAGAGGAUUCUUUGUAUGCAGAGAAUGUGAACCGUCAUGAAAACAGAAGGUAUAUUCCUUUCGUACCAGGAACAGGUCGUGACAUUGACACUGGCUGUAUUUUGGGAGUGGAUGAGUUGAUCGAAAAGUUUGACAGAAAUAUUUCUAUGCAGCGGAGAGGUAGAUCUGCAAAACGGAACAAGAUUAAUCCAGAAGACCGCAAAAGGUCGAGAAGUGUUGACAGUGCAUAUCCAUUUGGCCUUCAUAGUAAUUCAGAAUAUUUAAAUGAGUACAGUAAAAGUUUGGGGAAGUCAAAUGAGCAUUUACUGAAACCUUCCAAAAUCUGCCCACAGAAAACACACACUCAGUACUACAAAAUGUCCUUUAAGAGACAGAACACAACAGGGAGCCUUGUCUCUCAGCCUUCUCUGUCUGAUAACACCCAGAGCAAAUCUUAUGGAUCCCUGCAGCAUCAGAAGGAAAUAAACUAUCGCACAGAUGAACCGGACAGUGUAUCAUAUAUUUCAUCCACUUUGCCAAACAGGAGUAAAAAAGAUGAAGAUGUAAAGAUGAUUAAAUCGACUCUACAAUUAAAGGACUGCAUGUCAAGCCCACCAAGGGAGGGUUUAAGGAAAUCUGCUGCUACAAUGCAUGGCUCAUGUCGAGUUGCUCAAGCAACUCCUGACCUUUUGAAGGGACAACAACAAGUAGCACAACAAACCAAUGAGGAAACUGCAAAACAAAUACUAUUUAACUAUCUGAAAGAAGGGAGCCCUGAUAAUGAUGAUGCAACUAAAAGAAAAGUCAACCUGGUGUUUGAAAAAAUCCAGACAUUAAAAUCAAGAGCUGCCAGCACCGUACAGGAUCCUUCUGCAGAUAUCAAAGUUUUGCAGGAACAGAAAAAUGAACUGGAAAGGAAAGUUUCUUCUAUGCAAGAAAGGCUUGAUGAAGAAAUGAAGAAUCGCAAAAGCAACAAAGAAGAGUCAAAGGUCAAAGCAAACAUGAAUGACAUCCAGGACCAGCUGGAGAAAAGCAUGGAAGAAAAUGUUGUGCUUCGUAAGAGACUGGGUGAAAGUGAAAAGGAAUUAAGAAAGCAUCUUGAAGAAUUGUUUGAACUAAAGAUGGAACAAGAGCAAUAUCAGACAGAGAUCAGAGACCUGCAGGAACAGUUGUCAGAAAUGCAUGAUGAAUUGGAUAAUGCCAAGAGCUCUGUUGAUGAUGAGGAAAGAGAAGCAUUUGUAGAGGAGCUGAUGCAAAUGAAACAACGGUUCCAGGAGAUCUUGUUGGUGAAAGAAGAGCAGGAAGACUUAUUAAGGAAACGGGAGCGUGAACUUACUGCACUGAAGGGAGCAUUGAAGGAAGAGGUAUCAACUCAUGACCAGGAAAUUGAUAAGCUCAAGGAACAGUAUGAUAAAGAGCUGAAAAAGAUCAGAGACAAUCUGAAUGAAGAAGUAAAGAAUUCCAGUGAUAUAGCUAAUCAGAAGAAUGAGGCCAGUCAACUAAAAGCUGUGUUUGAGAACAAAGUGAAAGUGCUGCUGCAAGAGAAUGAGGAGCUGAAAAGGAAAAUCGAGAACCUUGAGGACAAAAUUGCUGGACUUCGGCAGGAAAUAAAUGACUUCAGUGAAGAGAAUGAGAGACUCAAAGACAAACUUUCAAGGUCUGAGAAGGAAAAGCAGCAUUUGACAAUUACCUUGCAAAAUGCAAAGGACCAAGAGAAGGAAACUCUGCAGUUUGCAAGAAAGCUGGAAAAUCAACUUGAAGACACCAAGAGAAGCCUCAGCCGAGUGUCUCAUGAGCACCAGCAAUUAACAGAGAGAUUAAAGGAAGAAGCUAACCAGAAAGAACAGUUAAGGAAUCUGAAGAAUGAAAUGGAAAAUGAGCGAUGGCAGUUGGACAAGACAAUUGAAAAAUUACAAAAAGAGAUUUCAGUAAAUGUUGAGUUUUCACGAAUGUCCACGGUGGAACUUCAGAAGCAGUUUGAUGAGUAUAAAGACAAGCAUCGCAGAGAAAGUGCUGAAAUGCAGCGCCAGAUAAAAGAUAAAAAUCUGGAAGUAGAGAGUGCUUGCCAGACUAUCAAAAAACUGCAAGAUGAGGUUCGCCAUUUGGAGGAGAAUUUGCAAGAUCACCAGAGAGCCCAGGAUGAGGCUUUAACCAAGAAUCAUCUCCUUCAGCAGACCAUUAAAGACCUUCAGUAUGAGCUGGAUGCUAAAACGCACGUGAAGGAUGAUCGGAUCAGGCAGAUCAAAUCAAUGGAGGACAAGAUAUCGCAGUUAGAAAUGGAACUCGAUGAAGAGAAGAACAAUUCAGACCUUCUGUUAGAGAGAGUAACCAGAUGCAGAGAGCAGAUUGAGCAAACGAGGAGUGAACUUUUUCAAGAGAGAGCAACAAAACAAGAUCUAGAGUGUGAUAAAAUAUCAUUGGACAGACAGAACAAAGACCUGAAGAGCAGAAUAGUUCAUCUUGAAAAUUCACACAGAUCAAAUAAAGAAGGGCUUGUCGCACAGAUGGAAACGAGAAUAGCAGAGCUGGAAGAACGCCUGGAAUAUGAAGAAAGGGACCGGGCAAGUCUCCAGCUCAACAACCGCAGACUGGAGAGGAAAGUUAAGGAGUUAAUGAUGCAAGUGGAUGACGAGCACCUUACUCUAACGGAUCAAAAAGAUCAGUUAAGUUUGCGACUGAAGUCAAUGAAGAGGCAAGUGGAAGAAGCUGAAGAGGAAAUCGACAGACUGGAGAGCGCGAAAAAGAAACUGCAGCGGGAUCUAGAAGAGCAAACCGAUCUAAAUGACCAACUUCAAGCUCAACUUACCGCUACGAAAAAGGAACUUAGCAGACGCAAGAGUUCUCCAAGCCGAAUGGUUAAUGACCUUGAGGAUGAUGAUGACGACGACCUGAGCACUGACGGGGAGAGUCUUUAUGAUGGUCCAUCCGUAUAUACAUUCUCUAGGGAUGAUGGCAUACGGGCCUGAGCUGCAUAUUGUUUCGGACUAUGGAAAAUAAAAAGAGACACAAAAGCUUUGGAAUUUGUUACAUACACAACAAAACUGGUGCCAAAUUGGCUACACACAAGCAGUUCAAUGAAAGUUGUAUUAUUGGAAACACAGCUGAAUUUUCAGUUGCAGUAUUCUGAUUUUUCUAUGUAAAUGUUAUGCUUAACCUAAAACAAUCAUUUAUACUUUGCCAUGCAAAUUAUUUCACAGAGAAUCGUCCAAAUUGAUAGUCUUGUGAUUUUAAGUCUAUGCACUACAGUUAUUUAAUAACUAUUACAUAGACAUCGAAAAUAUAUUGAUGUAUAUAUUUGUUUUAUUGAUUCAUACACUUCAAUUUUGUAAAAUCACAUUUGUGACUUAAUUUUCAUGCCAUUAUCAAAUUAAAUAUCUUCUUUCAACUAUUACCUCUAUUACUGAGCUGUAUAAAGUCACGUUCAAAACUUCUUUUCACACAGGGUCAAUAAAGUGCCAGAAGUGAUAUA